AUGUCAAUUAAAAUUAAAUCUGUGACAGAUAUUAUUAACAAAUAUGACCAUUUUAUUUUUGAUAUGGACGGUGUUAUUUGGACAGGCGGAUAAUUCAUCGAGAGCGGAGUUAAUGGAGUUAAGCAUUUAAUUGAAUAAGGGAAAUCAGUUUAUUUCUUGACAAAUAAUUCAACCAAAAGCAGAUAGUCUUAUUUUGAAAUAUUAUCAAACAUAGACAUAAAAACAGACUUGGAGCAUAUCUAUUCAAGUUCAUAUUUAACUGCAGUGUACCUAAAAAUGAAUAAUUACAAAAAAGCCUUUAAUUUAGGAGUGACUGGAAUAACCGAGGAAUUAUCAGCCUUGGGAAUUAAAACAAGAGAUUCUGAGGAGUUUAAAGACAAUCAAUACGUUACGUAUGACAUAUUUAAUAGUAUACAACCUGACGAAGAUAUUGAUUGUGUUGUUUCAGGCCACAAUCCAUAAUUUAAUUAUUAUAUGCUUUGUUAUGCAAGCUUAUGCAUCUAAAAGGGAUGUAAAUUUGUGGCAGCAAAUCCUGACAGCUAUAUUAAGGUGUAGAAUCGAUUGAUGCCAGCAGGGGGAUGCAUAUAAGCAAUUUUGGAAAGAGCAACAGGAUAGAAAUCCCUCCUGGUAGGCAAGCCUUCACCAACAGCUCUGGAAGUUAUAAUGAAACAAAAUAAAAUUGAUGAUAAAUCAAAAGUGGUCAUGAUUGGCGACAAUCCUGAAACAGAUAUUGAGUUUGGAUGGAAUUGUGGAAUAGAUACUAUUUUAGUAACUACAGGUGUUACGAGCAAGGAAUAAGCUGAAAAUGUAAAAACAACAUAUGUAUGUGAUCAUUUAUAUAUAUGA